AUGGACCCUGUUGAUAUCAAGCCAAUUUCCGCCCAGAGCAUGAAGCCGGAGAACGCAUAUACUACCCUGGAAAGCGUCGGGUUGCAAGUCGGUAAGGCGUACCAGAGUAUGGUCGACAUGUCUCAAGAGCCAUCCAGGACAGUCUGCACCACCCGCAUCCCUGAUACUCAAUCCACGAUGCCUUGUAGAUUCGAGUAUCCACACGUCAUACAUCCUAUCUCAGUGGAAGCUCUAUUUCAUGCCGCCUCUCUCGCAUCCUGUGGACCCGAGGGACGACCUAGACUAUUAACCCCCGUCGCAAUCGGAGAAAUGUGGGUUUCAGACAGCAUUAGCGCCAAACCAGGAGACGAGCUUCUCGCAGAAAUCUGUAUCCAAGAGCCAAGCAUCUUUGGGGCGCAAAGCGCUGUGAAUGUCGUGCAACAGACCGGGGACUCCCAGGAGGUAGCUUUCGAGGUACACGAUCUGAAGCUUGGCCGGGUGGCAGGCCCGUGCAUUGAAGGGGAACUUGAACAGUUGUCAUCGAUGUUCUUCCUCGACGCGAUGAGCUCACUCGACGGGAAGGGGGCUAGCGAGCCUGUCCACUUUAACGGUGCUCAAAGAGACGAACUCCAACAAAAACUCCAUCGUUCAGGCCCUCUUGGUGAGUUCCUCUGUCGUUUUGGAGAACACCUUCCUCAAAUCCUCAGAGAAGAAAUCCACCCGCUAAUACUCACGCCGGAAGAGGAUGUCUGGUAUGAGCUAUACGAACAGGCCUACGCGGCCAAGCACAUGUCCCCGGAAACAAGAGCCUACUUGGAGAAUAUAAUCCAUCAAGAUCCCGAGAUGAAUAUCUUGGGAAUUGGAAUGACACCGGGGUCCACGCUUUCUCUGCUCAAGACCACGGGAGGAAUUGGCAGCAACAAGGCUCGUUUUGCUAGAUACGACGCGACAAGCGUCCGGACCGAUGUAUUAGAGUCUAUCUACUGCUACGAAACUUGGCGACUGUAG